CGAGACUACAGGUCACUCAAAGAUUGAGCUGCACAGAUAUCACACAACAGGAACUGACAACAAUUCAGGAAUUGAAGAAUAACUCACCAUGGCCAGUGAGGUUGACAGGAAGGAAGUGUUAAAAAGGGCAAAAGUUCGAAAUCAGGUGAAACAAGAUUGCAGUUGGAUUCAAGGAGCUCAAGUGGACAAGGACACACAAGUAGAUGGACAUCAAACACGUAAACCGGCGCUGGUUCUACGGAAAGUGGCUAUCACUCCACCCACUAUACCAUCUAUCCAGAGCCCCACCUACACUUACCUUAAGUCAUCCCCACAACAUAAAGGCUUUGUUAAGUCAGCUAUGAAGAAGUUUGAAACUUUAAACCCGGCAGAAAAUACAUCUGUCAGGAGUUACCAUGGCAAAAGUCAACAUCCAAAGGAUUCUGUAUAUGAUACUAAAGUCACACCUGCAGAGAAAUCUGGGUUCACACCUGUAAAUAAAGCAGUGGAGACACCUAAAGUCACACUUGUGGAGGAAACACUGAAGACAUCUAAAGUCACACCUGUAGAGAAACCACUGGAGACACCUAAAGUCACGUCUGUAGAGAAAGCAGUGGAGACACCUAAAGUCACACCUGUAGAGAAACCAGUGGAGACACCUAAAGUCACUCCUGUAGAGAAAGUAGUGGAGACACCUAAUGUCACACCUGUAGAGAAAGCAGUGGAGACACCUAAAGUCACUCCUGUAGAGAAAGUAGUGGAGAGACCUAAAGUCACCCCUGUAGAGAAACCAGUGGAUACACAUAAAGUCACACCCGUAGAGAAAGCAGUGGAAACACCUAAAGUCACACAUGUAGAGAAAGCAGUGGAGACACCUAAAGUCACACAUGUAGAGAAACCGCUGGAGACACCUAAAGUCACACCUGUAGAGAAACCAGCGGAGACAUCUAAACUCACACCUGUGGAGGAAACACUGAAGACAUCUAAAGUCACACGUGUAGAGAAACCAGUGGAGACACCUACAGUUACACCUGUAGAGAAACCACUGGAGACACCUAAAGUAACACCUGUAGAGAAAGCACUGGAGACACCUACAGUUACACCUGUACAGAAACCAGUGGAGACAGUUAAAUUCACACCUGUACAGAAACCAGUGGAGACACUUAAAGUAACACCUGUACAAAAAGUAGUGGAAGUACAAGUGGAUGCACCUGUUGAGAAACCAGUGGAGACACCUAAAGUAACACCUGUAGAAAAACCAUGGGAGACACCUAAAGUCACACCUGUAGAGAAAGCAGUGGAGACACCUAAAGUAACACCUGCACAGAAAGUAGUGGAAGUACAAGUGGACGCACCUGUUGAGAAACCAGUGGAGACACCUAAAGUAACACCUGUAGAGAAACCACGGGAGACACUUAAAGUAACACCUGCACAGAAAGUAGUGGAAGUACAAGUGGACGCACCUGUUGAGAAACCAGUGGAGACACCUAAAGUAACACCUGUAGAGAAACCAUGGGAGACACUUAAAGUUACACCUGUAGAGAAAGUAGUGGAAGUACAAGUGGAUGCACCUGUUGAGAAACCAGUGAAGACACCUAAAAUCACACCUGUAGAGAAACCAGUGGAGGCACCUAAAAUCACACGUGUAGUGAAAGCAGUGGAGACACCUAGAGUCACACCUGUAGAGAAAGCAGUGGAGACACCUAGAGUCACACCUGUAGAGAAAGCAGUGGAGACACCUAGAGUCACACCUGUAGAGAAAGCAGUGGAGACACCUAAAGUCACACCUGUAGAGAAAGCAGUGGAGACACCUAAAGUCACACAUGAAGAGAAAGCAUUGGAGACACCUAAAGUCACACCUGCAGAGAAACCAGUGGAGACACCUAAAGUCACACCUGCAGAGAAACCAGUGGAGACACCUACAGUUACACCUAUAGAGAAACCAGUGGAGACACCUAAAGUAACACCUGUAGAGAAAGCAGUGGAGACACCUAAAGUAACACCUGUAGAGAAAGCAGUGGAGACACCUAAAGUCACACCUGCAGAGAAACCAGUGGAGACACCUACAGUUACACCUAUAGAGAAACCAGUGGAGACACCUAAAGUAACACCUGUAGAGAAAGCAGUGGAGACACCUAAAGUAACACCUGUAGAGAAAGCAGUGGAGACACCUAAAGUCACACCUGAAAAGAAAGCAGUGGAGACACCUAAAGUCACACCUGCAGAGAAACCAGUGGAGACACCUAAAGUCACACUUGUAGAGAAAGCAGUGGAGACACUUAAAGUCACACCUGUGGAGAAACCACUGGAGACACCUAAAAUCACACCUGUAGAGAAACCAGUGGAGACACCUAAAAUCACACCUGUGGAGAAACCACUAGAGACAUCUAAAGUCACACCUGUAGAAAAACCACUGGAGACAUCUAAAGUCACACCUGUAGAAAAACCAGUGGAGACCCCUAAAUUCACACCUGUAGAAAAACCAGUGGAGACCCCUAAAUUCACACCUGUCGAGAAACCACUAGAGACACCUAAAGUCACACCUGUGGAAAAACCACUGGAGACACCUAAUGUCACACCUGAAGAGAAACCUCUGGAGACAACUAAAGUCACACCUGUAGAGAGACCACUGGAGACACCUAAAGUCACACCUGCAGAGAAAUCAGUGGAGACACCUACAGUUACACCUGUAGAGAAACCAGUGGAGACAUCUAAAGUCACACCUGUAGAGAAACCACUAGAGACACCUAAAGUCACACCUGUAGAGAAAGCAGUGGAGACACCUAAAGUCACACCUGCAGAAAAACCACUGGAGACACCUAAAGUCAUACCUGCAGAGAAAUCAGUGGAGACACCUACAGUUACACCUGUACAGAAACCAGUGGAGACAGUUAAAUUCACACCUGUACAGAAACCAGUGGAGACACCUAAAGUCACGCCUGUAGAGAAAGUAGUGGAAGUACAAGUGGAUGCACCUGUUGAGAAACCAGUGGAGACACCUAAAGUAACACCUGUAGAGAAACCAUGGGAGACACUUAAAGUUACACCUGUAGAGAAACCACUGGAGACACCUAAAGUCACACUUGUAGAGAAAGCAGUGGAGACACUUAAAGUCACACCUGUGGAGAAACCACUGGAGACACCUAAAGUCACACCUGCAGAAAAACCACUGGAGACACCUAAAAUCACACCUGUAGAGAAACCAGUGGAGACACCUAAAAUCACACCUGUAGAGAAACCACUAGAGACACCUAAAGUCACACCUGUAGAGAAAGCAGUGGAGACACCUAAAGUAACACCUUUAGAAAAACCAGUGGAGACCCCUAAAGUCACACCUGUCGAGAAAUCAGUGGAGACACCUAAAGUCUCACUUUUAGAGAAAGCAGUGGAGACACCUAAAGUCACACCUGCAGAGAAACCACUGGAGACACCUAAAGUCACGCCUGUAGAGAAACCACUGGAGACACCUAAAGUCACACCUGCAGAAAAACCACUGGAGACACCUAAAAUCACACCUGUAGAGAAACCAGUGGAGACACCUAAAAUCACACCUGUAGAGAAACCACUAGAGACACCUAAAGUCACACCUGUAGAGAAAGCAGUGGAGACACCUAAAGUAACACCUUUAGAAAAACCAGUGGAGACCCCUAAAGUCACACCUGUCGAGAAAUCAGUGGAGACACCUAAAGUCUCACUUUUAGAGAAAGCAGUGGAGACACCUAAAGUAACACCUGUAGAGAAAGCAGUGGAGACACCUAAAAUCACACCUGUAGAGAAACCACUAGAGACACCUAAAGUCACACCUGUAGAGAAAGCAGUGGAGACACCUAAAGUAACACCUGUAGAAAAACCAGUGGAGACCCCUAAAGUCACACCUGUGGAGAAACCACUGGAGACACCUAAAGUCACACCUGCAGAAAAACCACUGGAGACACCUAAAAUCACACCUGUAGAGAAACCAGUGGAGACAUCUAAAGUCACACCUGUAGAGAAACCACUGGAGACACCUAAAGUCACGCCUGUAGAGAAACCACUGGAGACACCUAAAGUCACACCUGCAGAGAAACCACUGGAGACACCUAAAGUCACGCCUGUAGAGAAACCACUGGAGACACCUAAAGUCACACCUGCAGAAAAACCACUGGAGACACCUAAAAUCACACCUGUAGAGAAACCAGUGGAGACACCUAAAAUCACACCUGUAGAGAAACCACUAGAGACACCUAAAGUCACACCUGUAGAGAAAGCAGUGGAGACACCUAAAGUAACACCUUUAGAAAAACCAGUGGAGACCCCUAAAGUCACACCUGUCGAGAAAUCAGUGGAGACACCUAAAGUCUCACUUUUAGAGAAAGCAGUGGAGACACCUAAAGUAACACCUGUAGAGAAAGCAGUGGAGACACCUAAAAUCACACCUGUAGAGAAACCACUAGAGACACCUAAAGUCACACCUGUAGAGAAAGCAGUGGAGACACCUAAAGUAACACCUGUAGAAAAACCAGUGGAGACCCCUAAAGUCACACCUGUGGAGAAACCACUGGAGACACCUAAAGUCACACCUGCAGAAAAACCACUGGAGACACCUAAAAUCACACCUGUAGAGAAACCAGUGGAGACAUCUAAAGUCACACCUGUAGAGAAACCACUGGAGACACCUAAAGUCACACCUGCAGAGAAACCAGUGGAGACAUCUAAAGUCACACCUGCAGAGAAACCACUGGAGACACCUAAAGUCACACCUGCAGAGAAACCACUGGAGACAUCUAAAGUCACACCUGUAGAGAAACCACUGGAGACACCUAAAGUCACACCUGUAGAGAAACCACUGGAGACAUCUAAAGUCACACCUGCAGAGAAACCACUGGAGACAUCUAAAGUCACACCUGAAGAGAAAACUAUGUGUACUGUCUGCAAGCACCCUAUAACUGAAAAUGAGAAAAUCCUUGUGGACGAUCCUCCCAUGUGCUGCCAUACGCCGUGUUUUAAGUGUCGGGGAUGCAAAAAGCUUCUGGGUGAUCUUUUGUCACCUUUGUUCUACCACAAUGGGAAUGUCCUCUGCGAGAGAUGUUUUGAUGAAGUCCACUUCACAGAUAAAUUAGUAACAUGGGAACCAAACUAUUACACCUCAACAUUACAACCAAGCACAUCUUAGAAGAAGCCUCCGGGUUUGACAAAACAGGACUAUAAAAAUCAUUUAAAAUAAUCCCUUUACUCAUCAGAUUGAAACUGUUGACAUGGGCAUAGCAUGAAUACAGUAUAGUAUUCUAUAGAUAUUUAUGAUUGUGUGUGUUUAUAGACAGUCAGCAUAGCUUGCAUACUGAAUUGAUAGAGCAUAGGUCAUGGGUUCAAUCCCAAAAAUACACAAACUGAUAAAUGUUUAGCUUGAAUACAAUAUUCUACAGAUAUUUAUGAGGUACGUGGGUACGUUCAAAACGAGAUAUUUCUCUUUAAGCUGAAUGAAGUGUGUUUCAAAAAGACUUUUUCAUCACUUUCAAGCACUCACGCUGGGGUGUAAACCCUUCAAAGGGCUUAGGACAUAGGGAUGAGCCCUUCUGAAUAGAACGUUGUGUGUGUUUAAAUACAGUAAGCCUGGCUUACAUAGUGACUAUACUUAUGUAAAUUUCUCUCUAAAAUUAUAAAGUAUCUUUCGCCUAUAUAAACAAUUUCAAAAUUCA